GCGUACAUCGACACUAGCACUAUGGAGCUUGAGCAAAAAGCUGUCUGAAGCGCGGCUGCAGUGGAAGGACACGUUACAGCGACGGGCGUCAACGCCAGAGUGCAUUCACAGCGGCGGCAAACGAAACCGGUACCAGCGGCACGAUUACUUUUGAGUUGGGAGAGCUGCAACAGAGCACUCUUUCACAAGCAUCAGCGAGAGCAGCAAGCGAUGGAAAGCCUCCCCGAAGAAUGCGUCGUGCACGCCCUGGGUUUCCUGGAGCUCGAGGAUGUCAUUGAUUUCACGCGCACGACGAAAGACGCGUCCGCGUUCGUGACAAAGCACGACAAGAGCCUCUUCGAGCCCGCGCUGGAGCGGCUUCACGCUUGGCGCCAGGGCGUCGGGCGCCUUGAAAACGAAGGACCUCCCCUCCACGAGCGCCGCGUCCUGGCGAUGGACAACGUACCCUGGCGGGACCGCUACCUCCGCGAGCGCGCCGACCUGACCAGGACCGCGAUCACGCGAGAUGACCUCGUCGCCCAUUCUUGGCGCCUGCGCUUCCGCGAGCCGGGCGGGGGCGUGCAGGUGCGGGAGGUGCCCCCGAAGGGCUGCCGUUUCCUCUCGGACGGCAUGUUUCGGCUGGAGGGCUUCCCGCCGAUGGAGUGGAGCGUGGCGGAGGACGGCGACGCGGUCGUCAUCUCGAACUUUCCGCCCCACCGCGUACAGCGGCGCGCGCACUACGACCACGGCUGGACGCUCGAGAACAAGAACGUGAUCCUGUGGUCGGUCGACGAGAUGUCCCCGCACUGGGCGCGCAUGAGCAGUCGCCACGCGGCCGCCGCCGCGAAAUUGUCCGGCAACCGCCACGCGCGUGAAGCUCGAGAGUUGCUCACGCGGGGCGGCGUCUUCGAGCGCGCGGGGCGGCACGACCGGGCGCGCAUCGCCUUCAUGGACGCCCUCGCCCACGCGGGCGGGACGCUCGCCCACCUUCCGCUCGGCGCGACGGGCUACCUGCCAGAGGACCCGCUUGCCGAGGACUUCGAGCGCUACCAAACCGACCCCGGCGCCAUGGUCGUCGAACUGCAAGAAUGCUACCAGCUGGAGACGCUCUGGCACGAGCGCAACAAUAGGUUGUACGCGCUACUCUCGCUCGCCCGCGCCGCGCUCGAGACGGGCGAGGCGCGCCAGGCGCUGGACGCGGCCCGACGUGCCGCAAUGAACGUCCUCCACCAGGGCGACUUUCACGGACGCGCGGAGUGCAUCCGGGACGUCGAAGACCUGCGCGCGCGCGCGCUCCUGGCGUUGUCCGAGGAGCAGUCGGCGCCUCGGCCGCGGAGCGAGAGCCUCCUCGCCCAGGGGCUGGAGGGCCUCGGCGUCUAGUCUAACUGUGCAUUUUUUACCAGCCCUGGGGUAGGUCGUGCGGAUGCACACGUUCUUGUCGCGCGGUUUCAAAUUGGGCUAGGCUUGUGCCCGGCAGUAUGUACAGCGACGUCGGGAAGGGGAGUU